AUGAGAGUGUCUCCUCGGUGGUUGAGUCCUGGAUCCUCAGUGACUCUGAGCUGUGAGGUUGAACAUGAGUCUGCAGGAUGGAGCUUCUACUGGUAUAAAGCUGUUCCUGAUCUAUCACACAAGUCUGGCUCUUACAGCUAUGAGCUGCUGCCUGCUAGCUCCAAAGGGACUGCAGACAACUCCUACAUCAUUCAUGGACAGACACACACAGCAGGAUAUGUGUGCAGAGCUGGAAGAGGAGAGCCACACGUCUACACUCUUUACAGUCAACCUCACUUUGUCUGGUCUGGAGAUCUUCAUCCAUCAGCGUCUCUCUCAGUGAGUCCUGACAGAGUCCAACACUUCACCUCUGACUCUGUCUCUCUGACCUGUGAGGGAAACUCUGCUGAGUGGAGAGUCGGCAGCUUUCUGCUUCCUGACUUGCUGUCAUUCUGUUCUGACUGGGGAACAAUGAAUGGAUCAACAUGUCAUGUUCAGAAGAUCCAGUCCAGUAAUGCAGUGUUCUGGUGUGAGUCUGGAUCAGCAUUCAGCAACGCAGUCAACAUCACUGGACACAAUGAUGAUCUGAUCCUGCUGAGUCCUGUCCAUCCUGUGACUGAGGGACAUUCUGUUACUCUUGGCUGCAAGUGGAGGACAGAAAAUCUUCUUUCUAAAGAGUUUUUCUAUCAGAAUGACACAUUAAUCCAAAGUGAGAGCAGAGUGGAGAUGAUCAUCCCUGCAGUGUCAAAGUCACAUGAAGGCUUCUACAAGUGUCAAUCCUCAGGAAAAGAAUCUCCACAGAGCUGGUUAGCAGUCAAAUGUUCACCCAGACCUGACAGCUCAUUAUUUCUUGUGUUAGUUGUUGCUCUAACUUCUGUCAUUUUGGUAAUUUGUGUAUUUAUGAAGUGGUGUCUCUGUAAAAAAUUAAGAGAUUUAGACACAAGAAGCAGGUCUCAAGUCUACAACCAGACCACUGCUACAGACUACAAUGAAGCUCAGCACAUAAAUGACAUCGUUCUUAUCCAUGGUGGUCCUUCUUUGUAUGCAUCCCACAAAGGUCUUGAAGAGAUUCGAAAUGAUCCAGAAGAUGAAAACACGGGUGAAUCCAGAAUGAUUACAUAUUCUUCAAUCAAGCUUAAAACCUUCACCAAGAAAAAAAAGAGACAGAAACCAAGUGAGAACUCAGUUUACUCUGAUGUGAAGACAGGAGCGUCUGCAGAUGUCAGUCAGCUGUAUGCAGAGGUGAAGAAGAAAAACAAAGGUAAAUCAUCUCAUUCAGUUGAUGAGAUGAUUUAUUCUGAAGUUCAAUAAAGAUCAACACUUGAUCCAUAGAACCAGCUGCAUCUAACAAUGUGAUGGAGCAAAUGUCUCACCUGUAGGUGGCGCUGCUAAGGGCAGCUGCAUGUUUGCUGGGCUCCAAAUAUUUUCCCUCUUUUUUAGUUUAAUUUGAGUAUUUUAA